AAGCAAUUGGAACUGAAUCAAGAGCAAACUCAAAGGAUGAUCAGCAUCAAAGCUGAUUUGUUUCAUAAGCCAUUAAAAUACUUGGAAAGGUAAAACAACCUUUCGAUUAAAAAAAAAUGGAAGCUGAAGGCGCAAAGUGGACAAGCACAGAAAAGGCUGCAGGUGGCUUUUUUCAGAGAUCCCCAUUCAACUUCUUUAGAAGUCAGACCCAGAAGAAGAAACCCUCUGCUGAGAAAGGGGGAUGUGAACAGUACCAGGGCUCAGACUACGAGGAAUCCAAAGAGGAAAGUGGAAAAGGAAGCAGAGGACACAAAAUGAACGAUUCCUGUUUAGAAACUCAAAUGGUGGAGCAGAUUUUCCCUGCACCAGACUCAAUGCUGUGUCUGCAAAAAGUCCAGAAUUUCCUGGGGAAAUUGGGCAAACAGCCCUCUAGUAAGGUUUUGGACUUAAAUAAUUGUGCAUUAAGUACAACAGAUAUAAUGGAGCUGGUUGCCAUAAUACAUUUGCUGCCAGGCCUGGAAGAGAUUGAUCUUUCCUGGAAUGAUUUAAUAGGAGGGACAUUAAAGUCUCUUACCCUUCCGUUCAAAUGUUUGCAAGAGCUGAAAGUCCUCCGACUGAACAACUGCAGACUCACAGCCACGGAUCUUUCGUUUUUAGGGGAAGCACUUGAAGUAAUUCCUCACCUUGAAACACUAGAUUUAUCAUGGAAUACCAACAUUGGUGGGAAGCUUUUUCUUCUAAUCCAAAAAAUCCCCAAAGACCAUAAACUCAAAACACUAAAAGUGAUGGAUUGCAGUCUAACUUCUGAAGAUGGUGAAUCACUAGCUCAGCAGCUCUACAAAAUCCACAGCCUUGAAGUACUGGAUCUGUCAAUUAACAAAAAGAUAGGCUAUGGCCUGGAGAGUAUUGCCCAGGAAUUAAAGCAUGUCUCAGGACUGAAAGUACUUAAUCUGAACAGGUGUGGGUUAAAACUAGAUGGAUUCAAGCAUUUAGCCAGUGCCUUGCAGCACCUGCUGGAACUAAGAGAAUUAGAUCUGUCAUGUAAUAAAGAGAUUGGAGGAGGUUUCAAGUACUUGGCAGCUCAUUUGGCCGAGCUAAGGAACCUAGAAAUCCUGAAUCUUCAUCAGUGUUGUAUUACAGAAGAGGACAUGACUGUUUUAACCCAUAUAAUUCCUCUUUUGUCGAGUCUUCAGGACCUGGAUUUAUCAUUAAAUAAAAGCAUUGGGAAGUCUUCCGACCACCUUCUUAGCAGACUCCGUUUUUUACCAAAACUGAAAUCUGUGCUUCUCGGCAAUUGUUCUUUACAGCACAAUUCAUUUGCAUCUUUAGCCGAUGCUGCCCUUCACCUUCCUGAACUGGAGAUAUUAGACCUUUCUUGGAAUAAAUGCGUUGGCGGGAACCUAAAGCUGAUUUUGAAAGCGCUAAACCUUGGAGCUGAGAUCAAAGUGUUAAGACUAAGCAGCUGCAGCUUGGUGGAUGAGGACCUGGGUGGCCUUGGCCUGGUCAUCCAAGCUGGGCACCUGGCUCAACUACAGGAACUGGACCUUAGUUAUAACAACCAGAUCUCUGACCAAGGAUGGGCAAUGUUCUAUCAAGACAUAGUUGGCCUUGAGCAGCUUUCCGAACUGGAUGUCAGCCGUCGUCCGUCGUCACGUGGCAACUGUGGCGAAUGGCUGGGCAAACUUUUGGCAGCACUGCUGAAGCUGCCCCAGUUCACGGAGCUAGGGCUACAAGGCUGGGUUCUUUCCGAAGUUCAGCAAAAGCAACUGGAACAUUUUAAUCGGGACAAUGAACGAAAUGUUCGCUUUGAUGUUUGGUAUGGAGCAUGAUGUUUUGUGCCAGUGUAACAAUCUAUAGCUGGUGGCCCAGAGGCUCAGCACGCAGUUCCUGUAGCCUUACCUGACAGAAUGCAGUUGGGUAGAGAGAGAAAAGGACCAGAGUUGAGAAACUGAAGCCCUGACCUCAGUGAAAAU